AUGGCGGCCUUGGUUCCCGAGCACCCUGGUCUGCAGCAUCCUCCUGAGGAUAUGGCUAACUCCAAAGGAACCCCAGCCAAUGCUGUUCCUAAUGAUCUACCGGCCACGAACGAGACGGCACGCGAAACCGGCUCCGCGGGUGUACCCUGCCCGAUCAUUGGGGGUGACGGCCCUGACAAAGACCUUUACACUAAACGCCCGGCCAGUACUCCUGCAAAUUUCUCAACUGAUCAUCAGAAAGAAGAAUCUGGCGAAAAGGAUUUGGAAAUAUUCUACUACGAUGCUCACGAUAUAAAUCGUAUAGAUAGCGACAAUCUGUGGAAUACCCUCAUUCGCUCUGGUAUCGAAGAACAGGAACUAUGCAAUGUACUUGAAGAAAUACGCGAGUGGCUUCUUGGGUGGCGUCCUGGCAGACCUGAUGAAUGGCUCAUGCACUGGUUUAACGUUGACUCUAGCACCAAGGUGUACGUAUUAUCCGACGUUAGUUGGAACAAAAUGCUGUCUCAAAUCUCCCCUGACAACAUACUUGUGCUUCGCUAUGUUCUUAAGGAGCAAAGUGUAAAAUUGCUGGCACAAAACGGUGACAAGAGUCUAGACGCGGAUGGCAUUUGGUCUGCUGAUGGAAAAAAACUUUUUAACAAGCCACAACUUGGUGGGCAUCGGACAACUGCUGCGGCGACGCCAAAUCAUCCUCGAGCUAUUGUGAAUAGUACUUCGCAGUCUCGGCCGAUCAGCUCAGUCAAGCAGCACGCCACAACUUCUCCGGGGACGAAUGCGGUCUCGCCCAAUAACCGCAACCAGCCUCGUCGUUUUGUGAAUACUGCAAACGACGUCGGACCAGCUGUUGUGGCACAGACCCAAACCUCUCCUUCUCCUCUCCCUCGAAAGGAUCGACCUGUUCAGCAUGCCACGACUGACGGGAAAAGUCCCCUCACACAAGCUCAGCCAUCUAGCUCGGAAAGCCCUCGGCGAAAUCAUGCGAGACGGUCUGGUCCUAUCGCUCCCAUGGCGGCAAAACAUACGCCGACUCAGCCUCGGGGCCCAAUGACGAAUGGCAAUGGGAAGCCGGUCGGCAGAUAUAUCCCUGACAAGAUGGGCCAGACAGGCCCUCCAAUGUCUCACAACGGACCUCCAACACAAUCUCCGCAGACUAGGAAACAGGGAGGUCUCGCAAGCAAUGCUUGUGUCGAGCUGCCUUCCAAGCUGCGGUCAGACGGGCGUCGCGCAGUGUCGUCUGGCGAUGCCCCUUACGUUCAUAGCACAACCUAUGGAGAUGGAGGUUCCAUGCAGGGUAAUGGUAGCUACAACGGUGCCCUUGUACAACCUGCCAUGUAUGAUAGAGCUUUCCAAGCACAACCUUCGCAUCAAUUGCCCGCAGCCGCACCGGGACGUAGCGCGUCUCCGGCUGGGACAACAUCUACCCUUAAGGAUGGCAGCUCCACUCGAGGAGGCGACAAGAACAAAGGGCGACGAGGCCCCCAAAACCACAGGCCUCGAGCUGAAUACCCUGUCCAAGAUGGCAAGGGGUCGUUCUAUUCCCAGAAUUCCCAUCAAAUUGGCACUGCACGAGGAGGGUACGGCAACAAUACGUAUCAUUACCACAACCGCGAUCCUGAUUACGAAGAUCGAGAGAUAUCGAGACAUAGGAGGAGCGUUUUUGCAAGAUUUGAAGAGCGGUCUGACGGGCAUCCCGAAGAUAUCAGGAGCCGUUUAAAGAGCGCAAUGACGGGUCAAUUCGGGAAGGUUGAAAACGUCUUUCAUGCUUCUGAGAAAAAUGGUAGAGUUUUCAUAGUUCUAUUUGAAUGCGAAGCUUCUGCGGCAAAGGCCUUGAAAUCUACAUGUUUAGAGAACCGAGAGAAGGGUAUCAAAAUCGAGAUUAGGCGGCCGUAUAUGAAGCAAUGGAAAAAUGAACCGUGGGUCAAGAGGGGAGGGCGGCCUGGCACCCAGCAGUGUCAGCCAUACCAGAACAGACCUCAUUUUCCUAUGGGUAACGGGAUGCCUCCGCCUGGCAGCCAGCAACGUCAGCCAUACCAGAACGAGCCUCAUUUUCCUAUGGCUAACGGGAUGCCUCCGCCUGGCAACCAGCAAGGGUAUAACGCCCGUAGUCUACACAACCUACGGCCAGCUGAUCCAAUGAUGAUGAGGAAUGUGCCGCAUAGACUGUAUCGGAAUCUUCUUGGGGCUGGGGCCUACGAGCGAGUAACUCAAGCCCAUGCUUCUAGGCCAUCUUUCCCUCAGCCAAUGAUGCCACAGCAAGCGCCUCCCCAGAGCCCCCAAGUGUUCCAAAUCCCCAGGCAGGAGGCUAGCAAAGUCAUCCCAAAACAGGACGAGGAGAAGACUACGAAGCCGGCGGCCGAUCAAGAGGCAUCAAAGUCAUUGGAGUGGAAGGCUCAGUCAAAGCCGCCUUCUGAGGAGGCCUUAGAGAAUGACGAUCCUUUUGAGAACGAUAGAGCUACAACCCCUACCAGCCAAGGAAGCAAAUCUUCCCAGACUUCAAACCGGAAAGUGAGGGUGUCACUUCCAUCAGUCUCACCACCCAGGCUUACUCAGUCUACGGCAUCUAAAAUUGAGAGACCGAUAAAAGAGCCAGGCAAAUCACCAGUGGGCCAAGAGCCGCCUCCGAAAUUAAGAAAUAGCCCAAAUGGUGUCAUUACACCAAUUAAGCCUUCUCAUACUAGACAAGUUCCUGAUGAGAAAUCAUUUGAAGUUCCUCCUGAGAUUAUAAAGGGAUCCGAAGCUUCAGCUACCACCACGACCGCAGUGACUGGCACGCGCAGCAACCUCACUGCAGAACAAAUCAAGCGGAGGCUAGCGUAUUCGAACAUGAUUGCGGUGCCCUUGAGUCCUUCCAAGGUCAAGAAGACAACUUCCACGGAGAACAAUCCUGCCAACGCCAUCAGGGACAAAGCUGCAUCUUCUAAGUCUCUCCCUUCCGAUACCGCCUGCCAUGUACCUAAGCCAGCUCAACACAUACCGGAUGCCGAGACCUCCAGUGUCAAGUCUGACGAGUCCAAAACCAUGUCGGCUUCUAGCUCACCAAGCAACCGUUCACCAUCUAGUAACCCUAAGAAGACGCCGGACAAUAAGAAAACCGCUGGGUCGCACUCCGGGUAUCACAGCAAGGUCUCCAAAACGCCUAUAAGUCCGAUCAAGAAAAACACAGAAGCCAGCAAGGACCAGAAACUGACUACUCAAGAAGAGAAUGUGGCCGAAAGAGGCUCGUGUUUUCCAAGUCGUGCAGACCAAGACUCGUUCAAGUUUCCUGGCAAUGGACGAGAAACAAUACGAGUGAGGAAAGUAGAUAAGGGAGAAACAGCGUCUAUCGAAAGCUCCGUUCAGGAGAGAGGCACGACUUCAAGGAAGAGAGGCUGCAAGACUCGACCAGCAUCCCGAAGCGUUGGCUUCAUCGAUCAGAACCAGCAGCAAGAGAGCCAGCCUCGGGUCGAGGUGAUUCGAGGAACUGACUCGGCGACCAGGCACGAAGCAAGCGCCUCUACCACCAAUCAUGCACGGCAGAUAUCUACCCCGCGGAAUACCUCACCGGCAAGUGUGGGGGGCAGUAAUAAGAUCAAUUUGCAAAAUGUUUCUAGUGACAGAGAUAAUGGGGGAGGGACUGGCUGGCAGAAGGUCCGGAGUAAAAGGGGGGCUUCUAAGAGAACAAAUACCCCCGGAUCAAGCGACCAUCAAGGCUAG